ACUAAAGAUAAAAUUUUAUAAGAAAAUUUAAUGAAGAAGAAAACAUACAUCGCCUAUUUAACAGAUUUGUUUACAAAAUUUAAUAUGGUUAAUUUGCAAUUACAAGGCGACAGUUUAUAUUUGAUUAAAACAAAGUCCAUCUUAUCAGCGUUUUCUGCCAGAGUUAAACUAAUGAAGCAAAAUAUUGGACGGGGCGAAUUUUCUCAGUUCCCCAAUUUGUCACAGACAAGCUGCCAGGAAGACGACGUUCAACAUUUAAAUGCCCUCUAUUCAGAUUUUGAAUCUAGGUUUGAGGAUAUUUUGACUAUGGUAAUACCACCGUGGAUAAUUAAUCCAUAUGGUGACAUAGAAGAAACGAAUGUCAUAAUACAAGAGGAACUGACUGAACUAAGUACAAACGAAGAACUUAAGGUUCAGUUUAAAAACGGAUAUCAGCAAUUCUGGCUGCAAAACAACAUACCCGUUACUUAUCCCGUAUUAUGGAAUAUAGCGAGAAAAUUUUUAAUUUCCUUUCCAUCGUCAUACCUAGUGGAAAGGGGGUUCAGCGCUGUUACCAAUCUCCUAACGAAAAAAAGAAACAGACUGGACAUCAUUAGCCGAGGAGAUUUAAGAUUAACCCUUACAAAAUUGACGCCAAAUGUUGAUAAUUUAUUAUUAAAGCAUCAGGUUCAUCCUUCUCACUAAAAAUAUUGACUUAUUGCUUAUGUUAUUUUAUUUAUAGUUUAUUUUAUGUUUAUUGGUGCCUGACCAAUAAAUGCCCGCAUUGGGAAUAAGCGCUCGCAUCCAUUUUUUUAAAGAACCCCCCUUUAUAGAAAAUAUUUUUUUUUAAAUUAUUCUGAAAAUUCAAGGAUAGG